AUGGCUUUGAUCCAAUUCCUCAUCACCGCGCUGCUCGGCCUACAAGUACUAGCUGCAAGUCCCCCCAAAAAACCGGUGGAUCCAACGGCUCCGCACUGCUUUACUGAUAUGGGCGAAGCCCAGAAGACGGAAUGUCCCGUUGCGCUAGCCAAAAUCAUCUACAACAAGGACACCAUGAACAAAUUAGAAAACAAGCUGUCCGUCGUCUCUGGAGAUUGCUAUAUAAAUGUCUACAAUAAAAAGAAGGUUGUUGUAGUGGUCCUGACCACAAGCCCCUCGAUCGGAGGGCCUGGCAACACAGAGGUCACAAUCUGGGUCACUGCACGCUUCAAUCCUAGAAACUGGUACACUCCAUACGACCCGGAUUUCCCACUAGAGAAGAUCUACUGUUUCCAUGGGGCCGGUGUGAGAUGUCUUAUUCGACUCGCUAGGGCAUUCAACCAGAUUCCUGUAGACGGACAAGGCCAGCUGGUCAGUCCAACUACCAAAAAGCUAGCACAGUCACUUGAAAUCAAAGCCAAAGCUUGUCGAGUAACUGCCUACACAUCCGAUGGAACAAAUGUUGUCCUGUCAGCAUUUGAACUCAGAAUAGCUUGA